CGGCCGGCGGGGGAGGAGGGCUAAUUCGUGUCAGAUGCCGAGACGCGCGCGGGCUGCUCUCGCGCCUGGCUUUUGUUCCCGGCGUCUGACUUCGGCUCCCGGCUGCAUCGCUUCGGGGCAGCUCUGUUCGCGGGGAGCCCGGGGGACCUCAGCCUGCGCCCCGACCUGGGGCUGGUCGCUCCCCGCGCGGCGUGGCCAUGCGGCUGCGCGCCCUGCCAGAAGAAUUUACUGAGAGUCUGCACAGUUUUAAGAAGAAGGCUUUUAAAAAAUCUAAAGCCUGCGGCGUUUGCAAAGAGGUCAUCGACGGCCAAGGGGUUUCAUGCCGAGCCUGCAAGUAUUCCUGCCACAAGAAAUGUGAGGCCCAGGUGGUGACCCCCUGCGGCGUGCAAGCCCCCCAGGAACAGACGCCGGCUAGUUCCGCACCGCCAGCUCCCGUCUGCCGUGAGAGGCCUGCGCGGCCCGCAGCCCUGAGCCCCGCCAUGGCCGACGGCCACCAGCUGGACCUCACCUACAUCACGGAGCGCAUCAUCGCCAUGUGCUUCCCGGCCGGCUGCUCCGAGGAGUCCUACCUGCACAGCCUGCAGGAGGUCACGCGCAUGCUCAAGUCCAAGCAUGGGGACAACUACCUGGUAUUAAACCUUUCGGAGAAGAGGUUUGACCUGGCGAAGCUUAACCCGAAGAUCAUGGAUGUGGGUUGGCCAGAGCUGCACGCGCCGCCCCUCGACAAGAUGUGUACGAUAUGCAAGGCGCAGGAGUCCUGGCUGAACAGCGACCCACAGCACGUGGUCGUCAUCCACUGCAGGGGCGGGAAAGGACGCAUCGGAGUGGUCAUCUCGUCCUACAUGCACUUCACCAACGUCUCAGCCAGCGCGGACCAGGCCUUGGACAGGUUCGCGAUGAAGAAGUUUUAUGAUGACAAAGUCUCAGUGCUGAUGCAGCCUUCGCAGAAGCGGUACGUGCAGUUCCUCAGCGGGCUGCUGCGGGGCUCGGUGAAGAUGAACGGCGCACCCCUCUUCCUGCACUGCGUCGUGCUGCACGGCACCCCGAACUUCGACACCGGCGGAGCCUGCCGACCCUUCCUGAAGCUCUACCAGGCCAUGCAGCCCGUGUACACGUCGGGGAUCUACAACGUUGGCCCCGACAGCCCAAGCAGGAUCUGCAUUGCCAUAGAGCCAGCCCAGCUGUUGAAGGGGGAUAUCAUGGUGAAAUGCUACCACAAGAAGUACCGCUCGGCCACGCGCGACGUCGUCUUCCGCCUGCAGUUCCACACGGGCGCCGUGCAGGGCCGCACGCUGGUGCUGGGGAAGGAGGAGCUGGACGGCGCCUGCAGCGAUGACCGCUUCCCCGACUCCGGGAAGGUGGAGUUGGUGUUCUCGGCCACGCCGGACAAGAUCCCAGGCUCCGAGCACCUGCACAACGACCACGGCGUCAUCGUGGACUUCAACACCGCGGAUCCGCUCAUCCGCUGGGACUCCUACGAGAACCUGAGCGCGGACGGCGAAGUGCUGCACACGCAAGGGCCAGUAGAUGGCAGCCUCUAUGCCAAGGUGAGGAAGAAGAGCUCCUCUGACCCCUGCAGUCCCCAAGCCCUGCCGGCCACCGGCAGCCCCGACCACAGUGACCACACCCUGUCGGUCAGCAGCGACUCAGGCCACUCCACCGCCUCGGCCAGGACGGAUAAGACAGAGGAGCGGCUGGCUGCAGGGCCGCCGAGGGGCUUGAGCCCGCAGGAGAAGGCUGAGUUGGACCAGCUGCUCAGUGGCUUCGGACUGGAGGACACAGGCAGCGGCUUCAAGGACAUGGCGGAUGCACACAGCAAGUUCGGGGGGACACGCCACGUGGUGCCUGCACAGGUGCACGUGAACGGGGAUGCCGCCCCGAAGGACCGUGAGACGGACAUCCUGGAUGACGAGAUGCCGCACCAGGACCUGCACAGCAUGGGCAGCCUGGGCACCUUGUCCUCGUCGGAGGGGCCGCCGUCGGCCCACCUGGGUCCCUUCCCCUGCCACCAGAGCAGCCAGCACUCCCUGCUGUCCGAUGGCUUCGGCUGCCCUGGGGAGGACGCUCCCGGCGCCCUCGCGCCCAGCCUGGGCCUCUACGAGCGGGAGCGGACGUUCGGCAGCGGCCGGGAGCCCAAGCAGCUGCAGCCUUUGCUGAGGAAGCCGUCGGCACCCGCCCCCACUCCGGCCUACGGGCAGAGCGGCUACCCGACCCAGAGCUGGGUGCGCCAGCAGCAGAUGGUGGCUGCCCACCAGUACGGCUUCGCGCCCGACGGGGACCCCAGGCUGGGCGGCCAUGGCCCUGCCGACGGUUCUGGCCUUGUGCAGGCCCAGCCCCGGCUUCCGGUCACCCCUGCCCGAGGAGCCAGCAGCAGAGUGGCCAUGCAGAGGGGCACUGGCCAUGGGCCAGACGCCCCCGACGCCCAGCAGCCCCACCCCAUCAGAGCCUUCCAGCCCAGACUCCCGGACGAGAGGGUGGUGAACGGAGCCAGCGUGGAGCCUGGUGCCGGCCCCGCCCCCAGCUCCCCCACCCUGGACAUCGACCAGUCCAUCGAGCAGCUCAACAGGCUGAUCCUGGAGCUCGACCCCACCUUCGAGCCCAUCCCCACCCACGUGAGCUCCCUGGGAGGCCCGGCCAACGGCUCCGUGUGUCCCGACAGCACAGGCGGUGGGCUUCGGUCCAGCAGCAGGCUGCCCAACCCCUCCGGGAGCCCCAGCAGGAGCCCCUCCAGGCAUCCAGGCCCCUCCAGUGACGAGCACCUGGGCGGAAGGCUCCGGAAGAUGAGUCUGGGACAGUAUGACAACGACGCUGGGAGCCAGCUGCCCUUCUCCACGUGUGCGUGGGCCAAGGCCGGCGUGGACGCAGCCCCGAGCCCGGCGCCUUUCCCCUCUCCGGGGGACAUCAAGGAGACGGUGAUCCCUGCGUACCCCCCAGACCUCGACGUGAUCGAUGGCAGGAUGCUGAAUAGUACGGAGCCCGUGUGUUCCACCCCAGCGUUUCCUGUGUCUCCAGAGACACCGUACGUGAGGACACCGCCCUGCGGUUACCCUGCCUUCAGCCCGCCCGCGGCCCCGGGGAGCAGCCCGGCCAGUGCACGCAGAGUCGGACGAGAUCCACGCGGCUGCUCUGAGGUCCCCAGCCACGCCGCGGGGAUGUCAGAGAGUCCCCUGGGGCCCAAGCCGACGAUGCUGCAGGCAGACGGGGCUGCGGCGACGCCCACCUUCGCCCAGGCCUUCGCCUCUUCCUGUGCCGUCUCCAGCAACGGCCCCGGCCAGCGCCGAGAGAGCCUGCCAUCCACAGACCACCAGUGGCUGGAGAGCAGCCCCAAGUCCACCCUGGCGCUGCGGGGCGGCAGCCAGUCCUCUGCAAGUCCCCGUGGUGCCAGCGAGCUCUUGGGCCCUGGCAAAGACUCCCCGGGGCUUCCCUGCUUCCCGGGCGCGGACCUGCAGGCCCCUUUCCCUGGCCACAAGCUGUCCCUGGUGGAGCCGCCGGGCACUCUCUCCACCCCGCACAGCCAGGCCUUCCUGGCCUUCAGUGCCGUGGCCCCGGGGGGAGGUGGCCUUGCGCCUGGCGAGGACCCCGGCACCCUGCUGCCUAGUGCCCACGCUGCACCCCCGGCCCCCGGCGGCACCCUGACUGCACCGGCGACCGCCAACAGCAGCUUCCUGCCCCACACCUUCCUUGCUGUGACGCCUGGACACAGCGGCCGCCUCAGCCCUGGCCUGCAGGGCCAGGGAGCCACCCUGCCCGGGCAGCCACCCCUGCCGGAGAAGAAGCGGGCCUCGGAGGGGGACCGGUCCCUGGGCUCCGUGUCCCCCUCGUCCAGCGGCUUCUCCAGCCCUCACAGUGGCAGCACCAUCAGCAUCCCCUUCCCCAGCGUCCUGCCUGACUUCUCCCGGCCUGCAGAGACAGCCUCGCCUCUGCCAGAUAGUCCAAGCGACAAACUUGUGAUCGUCAAAUUUGUUCAGGACACUUCCAAGUUCUGGUACAAGCCGGAUAUUUCAAGAGACCAAGCCAUCACCAUGCUGAAGGACAAGGAGCCUGGGGCCUUCAUCGUGCGGGACAGUCACUCCUUCCGGGGCGCCUACGGCCUGGCCAUGAAGGUUGCCACCCCACCUCCUUCCGUCCUGCAGCUGAACCGGAAAGGGGAUUUGUCUAAUGAACUCGUCCGGCACUUUCUGAUCGAGUGCACCCCAAAGGGAGUCCGGUUGAAAGGCUGCUCCAACGAGCCGUACUUCGGGAGCCUGACGGCCCUGGUGUGCCAGCACUCCAUCACGCCCCUGGCCCUGCCCUGCAAGCUGCUCAUUCCGGAGAGAGAUCCCCUGGAGGAAGCAGCAGGAAGCCCGCCCCCGACGUCUGCCAACUCCGCAGCCGAGCUGUUGAAGCAGGGCGCAGCCUGCAACGUGUGGUACCUGAACUCCGUGGAGAUGGAGUCCCUGACCGGCCACCAGGCGGUGCAGAAGGCGCUGAGCAUGACGCUGGUGCAGGAGCCGCCGCCCGAGUCCACCGUGGUCCACUUCAAGGUGUCGGCCCAGGGCAUCACCCUGACGGACAAUCAGAGGAAGCUCUUCUUCCGGCGGCAUUACCCCGUGAGCAGCGUCAUUUUCUGUGCCUUGGACCCUCAGGACAGGAAGUGGAUCAAAGACGGCCCCUCCUGCAGAGUCUUCGGGUUUGUGGCCCGGAAGCAGGGCAGCGCCACGGACAACGUGUGCCACCUGUUCGCGGAGCACGACCCCGAGCAGCCCGCCAGCGCCAUCGUCAACUUCGUGUCCAAGGUCAUGAUCGGCUCGCCCCGGAAGAUCUGAGCGCCGCGGGCCCCGGAUGGAGGCAGCCGCGGGGAGGCGGUCGCGUGCCGGGGACAUAGCGCCUCUGCAGCCAGGCGUGCAAGGGCCGCACACGGGGUGUGCCCACCCGGGCCCCGGGGGAAGGGUGCAAGGAGGGCAGAAGCAUCUGCGGGCACUGAGGAAGCCCCUGGCGCGCCCCGUCUGGGCGGCCAAUCCCGGCCAGCGACACCCGGCCCAGCCACCCCCUCGCUUGGGUCUUCACCCAGCAACGCUGACACAGAAAGGACCACGUGAUUGAUGCAGAUUUGUGCAGGUCAGGCCUUCUGGAACACAGGACAGAACCGAGUGGACGGUGUGGGGUGUGGGCUGCGAGGACCAGGGCGGUGGCAGCCCUCUUGCAUCCCGGAGGAGCAUGAGAUGGCAGAGGUGCCCCGCAUGGGCCAGGCUUCAGGCUCCCGCUCACAUUCCCAAAGGAAGCCGGGCUUGGGAGCACCCGGGAGGACCCUGAGAAGAUGGAAGCAAAAAUGCCAUUUCUAUGUAAUUUA